UCUAAGAGUACAAGAGAAAGAGCAGUAUGAAGCACAUAACAGCAGUACUGUUGCUCAUUACUUCAUCAACAUCACUUGUGUCCUCUCUUGGUUACACUUUCUAUAGUCUCUGUCCUCACCUAGAGUCUCCUGGUAAUGGUCGUGUUUCAACCACUGGCCAUACUUUUGGUAGUCUAGCCGUGUACCGAUGCUACCGUGGAUUUAUACUUGAACCAGCUGAGUUCAGUACCAGGAGGUGUCUACAGGGAGGAGUAUGGUCAGGACUACCGCCAAGAUGCCGUUCACCAGUUACUUGUUCAAGUUUAUUAGCUCCAGCAAAUGGUAAUGUUGAUAUCAGUAGGAGAACUCCAGGUGGUGUGGCAACAUACUCAUGUAAUGAAGGAUUUACACUCCAGCCCUCAACAUCAAGAACAAGGGCAUGCCAGAGAAAUGGAAGGUGGAGUGGAGUUGGCCCAAUAUGCAGAGCAAAUAGAACUAAUUGUGGUGAUCCUGGGACACCAGUUAAUGGGAGGAGAGUAUUAGGAACCACACUAGAGGGUGACACUGUUAGAUACUUCUGUAGACAAGGCUUUGAGUUAGUAGGAAAUCGAGAAAGAGUGUGUCAAAGCAAUGGGCAAUGGUCUGGCCAGUUACCUCUCUGCAGUAGACUGAUUGACUGUGGUGGUUUACUAAACCCUCUCAAUGGGAGAGUAUUGCUAACUGGUACUGAUGCCGGCUCAAGAGCAACUUAUUCAUGCAAUGAAGGGUUUGUACUACAAGGACCACAAAGACGAGUGUGUCAAGCUAAUGGUCAAUGGUCUGGUCGGGAUCCAACUUGCAAUCCAAGAGGAAAUAGCUGUGGGCAAUUGCCUAAUCCAAGAAAUGGCCGUGUAACACUAACAGGUACAACUGCAGGAUCACUAGCAGUAUAUACUUGUAGGAGAGGCUUUAGACUAGUAGGCAAUGUACAAAGAUCUUGCCAAAAUAAUGGACAGUGGUCCGGGAGUGAGCCAAUAUGCAGAAGAAUUUCCCCGCCACUACCACCUGGAACCUCCUGCCCAAAUCCUCUCAGUCCAGCAAAUGGUCAAGUACAAUUAGUAAUAACUAACAAUAGGAUCACAGCUACAUACAGUUGUAAUCCUGGCUUCCGUUA